AAAAUAGUACCACCUGUAUGAUUUUGACGCUUUUGAGUAACCCUAACCCCAACCCUUCUUCACAACUCUCAACGAUCCUCUCACAGCCUCUCGUUCGCGAGGCGAUCACGGGCAGGACAAGUCGCUAUAUAAGACUCUUCGCAAUGACGGGACGCGGUAGAGGGCGCCCUCCUGGGCGCAGGGCGGAGGAGCCACCUGCCGCUCCAGGCCGACGCUCGACGCGUCAGCAGCAGCAGCAGCAACAACAACAACAACAACAACACUAUCAAACUGAGCAGUCCACCAAGCCAGAUCCUCAUAUUGAUCCGGCCAUCACUGCUGCACAGGAUGCCGGAAUGCCCCCUCCCCCUUUGCCUGGCACAAGGAGCCAGCGCGGCCAAAGCAGAGAUGCCGAGCCCGCUCUGCCCGUUCUGUCCGCUCUGCCUGUCGCACGACGCGGCACGCGUCGCGAAACGCCGACAGGCAGUAUGCUCAGUGUUAAUAGCCUCCCCAACACCGAUAUUUAUUCUACGGGCGAUGCAGAGUAUGCUGCAGCCGUUUGGCAAGAGCCCGUCUCAGUGCCGGCGCCAAGUACACCGGCCCCCGAAUCAUCUAUCGCCUCUACUGAACUUGACACGCCCAACCGGAAGAAUAUUCGGUCGAAACUCAUGAGCAUUUAUCUUCAACGACUUUUUAGUUCAUCUGAUGACCUUGUUUCUCACCUGAGCACUACCCUACCCGAUGACCCAGAAAUCUGGGACCUGGAACGCGAGAAUUGUCGGCAGGCAUUCCGAGCAUACCGCGCUCGCUAUGUGUCUGACCCCGGCAGACCUGUCGUCGAAGAAUCCUACGUUCUCUCUACAAUGGGAUUACAAGAGGACUCGAUAACUGCAGCUAACGCGUCCCGAAUUGUAGCCGCGGCUAAUCUUGCUUGUCUGCUUGACGAAGUCGUGUUACUUGAACAGGGGCAUGAUGCUCUGCCUCUGCUGCAGAGAUGGGAUUUAGAAUCCCCCGGUGCCUACGUUGCACAUCUCGCAAAUGCUUCUGGAGGCCACAGCAACGUCCCUCAGGAGCAAACCGCCGAGAAAGCCUUGGAAGUUCGGACACAGCUAUUUCUCGAAAUGCUUGACGCUCGUCUCAAUCACAGCACUGUACCCUUCAACCCGUUUGACCUUGUCAUUGGAGUCUUCUGUGAGAGAGGAGUGUCGGCCGAUCAGCUGGCCGCCUUUCUACACGACCAGAAUGACCCAGGCCAUUCUCUAGCACUCAGGCCCAUGCGCGGCCUUGAAUACGAUAACCCUUGGGUUAAGCAACGAUUCGAAACCCGCAUCGGGUCCAUAUGCAGCGCUAUUAACGAGAAGGGCCCCCAGUUGGUCGAUAUCUCACACAGUCUUCGAGUUUCAUUUGCACUCGGAGAGUUUUUGGAGAACAUGAAGGAGUUUGCAGUAGAGCGUUUCUCUUUAUUAAAGGGGGAGAUAGUCCCCAUCAACCUUUUUUCGAGCUCUAUCGCACAAGUCACCGGGUCCGAUACAGAUUCGAGGAUCGACACACAAAUUAGGUCCCAGCUUGAAACCGAGGCCAUGGCCCACACUCCCGCGCACCAGGAGACUAGGGGCCCAUCAGUUGCUUAUAUGAACUCUCUGAGGGCUAUGAAGCAAAUGGAACAGCAAUCUCAAGGAGAAGUCAACCGUCUCGCGUCUCAGGACAUUAUUGAAAGGUCACAUGAGAUUCAGCCCAGUGCUUAUCCUUCGACAAACGUCAUUCCAUACCCGGGCGCGAUCCCUCAGCAUCAUAGCCAAGCCUACGGAGAGCCGCCACACCAGAUUGGCUUUACGAUGAGUGGCUCUAUGUAUGCAGAGUCUGCUGCGCAAGUGUCUAAUAAGAAGCGAGGCGCGCAGGAUGAGGCCGGAGGGCUGAGAAACAGCGGGACUGGAGAUGUCGGCAAUUCACCAGCGAAGAAGCCUCGGGGGAGACGGAAGAAGAACACAGGUCCAGAUUCAUCGGCCGCCAUGUCAGUUUCGUCCCAGUACCCGCCUCCCGGAUCGCAGUACCCGCCGCCUCCCGAGUCGCAAUACCCGCCCCCCGCCGGGUCGCAAGCUGAGCCGGACUUUGAGGCAGUGUCGCAACGCUCGAAGGAAAUAUCAGCCGCAAACCGGAAGGCCCGAGAACCCCAAACACGCUCGGCAUGGGUGAGGAACGAUACCCGGGCACUCGUCAAGGCCGUCGACACAUUCAAGUGCAAGUGGAGUGUUAUCGAAAAAGAGAUUAGAAACGGCAUCAUUGCCUUUGAGCGCCCUAGAGAUCAGCAAGCCCUCCGAGACAAAGCACGAUUGCUUAAGCAGGAUUUUCUGAAGACCGAUAUUGCUCUUCCCCCCUCUUUCGACCUGGUUGUAUUGGGCAAGAAGGAGAGAGAGGCCGUCAAGGCUUGUGGAAAAAAUCCAGACCGGAAAGAGGCCGACAUCGUAGACGGCCGAGUUGUCAAUACGGAAUAUCAAAGAGACGAGCCGAGAGCCGAGGCCGCAAGUGUGCAUGCGCUCAUGCCAGUUGCAGAAAUGGAACUGGAAUCAGAACCGCAAUUUGAACACCAGCCUGAGUUUGGAUCAGGGCUAGAGCUGGAUCCUGGAUCGCAGCAAGAAGGCACAGAGCUUGAAGCGGAAGCGGAUGUAGAGGUGGCAUAGGAUCCCAGCCUACAACAAACGCUUAGCUGCUUCCUGAUGAGCUCCUACGGUUGACCUGUAGCGGUUUAAUGGCGGUCUGUGUUCUAGGCCUCUUGGGGCCCUCUCUUUUCUCUGCCUUAUGAUGAGGGGAAGGGGUGGAUUAGUGUACGUUAGUGUGAUGGUAGCGGCUGUGAUCUCUUAAAUCCCUUUUAAUCUCUCAUCGGGUACGGUAUUGGGGAAACAGCUGCCUUUGUAUUCGCAGAACCGAAAAGACUUCCUGAUAGAAUAUACACCUAGGUGUACGGCGGCCCAUCAGGGUGCUUCCAAG